CACUUCGACCGACCUCCGUGGUCCGAUUAGUGGCGUUUCAAACAGGCCAUAGCCGCCCUUUUGAUGCUCGCAGCUGGGCGAAAAGCGAUACAGGAGGAUAUAAAAGGGCAGCUUGCAUAUCGAUGCUGAAGCUCAAGACUGCUCUUCGCAAAGUAGUUGGUUCAGAAAGAAAGACAUCAUGAAGAUUGCCAUUGUCGGUUCCGGAAUCUCUGGAUUAUCUGCCUUGUGGGCGAUCAAAAAGUACAGUGAUCAUGAAGUAGAGUUGUUCGAGAGGAGAGAUAGACUGGGCGGAGACGCUUACGCUGUGCCUUACCAAAUUCCAGGCAAGAAGGAAUGUCAGGUAGACCUGGCUUUUCUUUUAUUCAACCACAGAGGCUGGCCGAAUCUAUGCAAAUUCUUCAAAGAACUCGGCGUCGAAACUCAAGACGCCAGAGCGACAUUCUCUGUUUCAGGCGAUGAAGGACGAUACGAAUGGUCCUCCCAUUCUCUCUCCACAGUAUUCAGGACCUGGGCCAACAUGGCCAAUCCCAACAUGUGGCGGAUGAUCUGGGACGUCGUUCGAUUCAGCUACUUUGCCCCUGAUAUCCUGAGAGAUCCCGAGACGUACCGAAAUGUCAGUUUGUCCGACUAUCUGAGAACAAACAACUACUCGAGAGCCUUUGCGGAGCUUUACCUCAUCCCCCUCGUCGCGGCGGUAUGGACCGGGAAGCUCCGAAAGUGUGCAGACAUGCCUGUGCUCAAGGCCAUUCAAGUCUUUCACGCCAAUGGCAUGUUGGAACUAUGGGAAAAGAUCCCAUGGCAAGUCGUCAAGGGCGGCUCCGGCGAGUACAUCAAGAAGAUCGUCAAGUGUGCUCCAGAAGGUAGCAUCCAUAUGAACCUGGGCGUACAAAGUGCCCGACCAACUCCCGAUGGUCAAGUGGCGCUCAAACUUGACGACGGCACGACACGACUCUUCGAUCAUGUCAUCAUUGCAUCUCCCACGGAGCCAGUCCGACGUAUUUUAGGCGCGGGUCACUGCCUCAGCUCAGAGCUAGAUUACGCACUCAGCCAAUCCGUUUGGACGGACAUGGAACUCGUCGCACAUCACGAUCAAUCACUGCUUCCUCGAGAUCCCAAAAUGUGGGCGGGCUGGAAUGCUACCCUGUUCUCCGAAUCACAAUCAGAGAAGUCACCCUCGUACAUGAUCCCAACCGAGGCACGCCCAGUCGCAAAUACAAUCUCAUGUUGCUUCAGCUACAACGAGAUGCUUGGCGUCCCCGAGUCGGAAUACGGCCCAGUGCUCGUCUCUUUCAAUCCUCAGGCGCCCAUCGACCCGUCAAAAAUCAUCUACCGCCACGUCUUCUCCCAAGGUACACCGAUGCUCUCGUCGACCGACGCGAUCCAAAACCUGUCCAAUCCAAAAUGGUGCGAAAAGCACAUUCCCAAAGGCAUAGAUCUCUGCGGAGCGUGGAAAGGGUACGGAUAUCAUGAAGAUGGACUGGUGUCUUCCUUCCAGGCUUUGCAAAAGCUCAGUAUAAACGUGCCUGAGAUGCUGCCGAGAUCCAAUCCUCCACGCGCUCUCUCAACCAGUGACAACGUGGCGAGGGCUCUCAUCGUGACGUUCGAGUACGCUAGGAUUGUCCUGACACCUUUGACGACUGUCCUGGCGUGGAUUAUUAUCGCCCUCUGCAACCUCUGCAUGAUCGUUUGCGAGAUGCUGGACACGGACAAGGCGAAACACGAUAUAGAGCUCGUACGAGAUGCGUGGGCAGAGCCUGACACGUACCAAUGGGCAACUUAGAUUUGGGCAGAGAGCGAGUUUUGUAUCAAUAUGUAAACGCUAUGAGAUGCCAUCAACGUGACGAUCCUCAAUUCUGCCCAAGAGCUGCUUUGCGCUCAGACUCGGCCGGAUCCUUGAGAUCAUCUGCUUUCUGUCCGACCUCGUUGGCGCUCUCUUUUGACAAUUCUGGCCGCCGCUUUGUCAGACCAGUCGGUAUGAUGAGCUCUUGGAGCAGUGGCCAGAGCUAAAGAUGCGGUAUCAGCGAGGGGUGCCCAAAUCUUGC